GGGCCAGGCAGAAGGGGCGGGGAAUUUAGCUAGGGGCGUGCCAGGAAGGAGGGCGAGCUGCUCCAGGGGGCCGGCCGGCAGCUGGGAGCGCAGAGCCAGAGCGGGACCGGUGCGUGUGAACCUUUCGCCUGCCCAGCCGGUCGGAAACCAGGUCUUCAGUGAGAUACGCAGAAAUGGCUGAACUUGCCCAGCUAAUUGACAGCGAGGUGUUCCUGGCUUAUGCUACCUACACAACCAUUGUCCUUUUAAAAAUGAUGCUAAUGAGUGUUACAACAGCAUUCUUCAGAAUGACAAGAAAGGCGUUUAGUAACCCAGAAGAUACAGCAGCGUUUGGCAAAGGUGAGAAUGCUAAGAAGUACCUGCGGACUGACCCAGACGUUGAACGUGUGCGCAGAGGCCACCUGAAUGACCUUGAAAACAUUGUCCCGUUUAUUGGCAUUGGUCUGCUCUAUGCCCUGAGUGGCCCUGCUCUGUCCACAGCCUUGCUGCACUUCAGGAUCUUCGUUGGGGCUAGAAUCUUUCACACUAUUGCGUAUUUGACACCUCUCCCCCAGCCCAGCAGAGGCUUGUCUUGGGCAGCUGGGUAUGCAGUUACCAUCUCAAUGGCAUACAGGGUGCUGACAACAGGAUUGUACCUGUAACUAGAACACAGCCUCAUCACCCCCUCGACAUUCCACAUGAAGUUUCCAAUAGUACACUAGAUUAAACAUGGCUAUCUUAAAUGAACUGUCAAAUCUUUGUAACAAUUUUUACUUGGUGACUAGGGCUGCAGAGGCUCUUCAUUCCUGUUUGAAAUGUUUCUCUUCAAAGCAAAAAAGUUCCUUCCCCAUGUCCUCUCUAUUCACAGUCUGCUCUGCCAAAAAACAUUAGUUUGAAUGUUCUCUCUGUGAUUUGUUGAAGGCUUAAGAUUCUGAACAUACGACAGUGCUGUAUCUAUAGCAUGUAUGGUGAUUUUCUACAGAUGCACUCUUUUGGGCUGUAUCUCCGAAGCCUAAAUCAAUAAAGACAAGAAAAAAAAAAUAAGUG